CCCUGAACUAGACGAGUUCUAAGAACAGAGAAAUCCGAAAUACUGUAUUGUAAAGCAACCUUUCUCCAGCCAUUAGAUGGUCAGUGUUGGUCCGAUUGGUAAAACUUUUCUAAGGAGUCGCACGUUGAUGACGUAAUUUGUUUCUCUUUGUUUGAUUCCGUGGGCGGACUGCCAUCCCGGGCAUGUGUGUGCGCGCAUAAAAGAAAAAAAAAAAAACGAACAGAAGGAAAGAAGAGGGAAAUAGAAACGAAGAAAUAAAAAGCUGCGAAGAGGAGAAGUAUCGGUUCACAUGGCCGUGCAGGGAGGUGUUUAAUGGCCUCCAGGACGGAGCUGUCAGCGUGAGAAGGGAAUCUUAGAAGAGCAGACACAGUUUUACACGGAGAAUGGCCUUAGCCAAUGACAAAGACGCAAUUGAGAGACUGGAACUCCUUAAACAAGAGGACUGUGAAGGGGCUGCACCAGAGGAUUUGUGGGUGAAGGCGGAGGACUGUGAAAAAGGAGGAGGAUUUUCAGUUCUUAAAGAGGAGGAGGAGGAGUGCAAGGUGGAAAUUGUCGAAGUCAAAGUGGAGGAUUUGGAGUAUUUCUCACUUAAUCCUGAACUGGAGAUGCUCGAAACUGGGACCAUGUUCAAGCCAGAAAUCUUUGAAGAGCCUCAUUCCAGUUUGCAGCAUUGGAUCGCGAACACGGGACAACUGGUUACCCAGCAGGAUUCUAUGGAACUGAAAUGGGAGUUACCGGAGUAUGAGGAGAACGUCAAUGGAGGAAAUGGGAGAGAAGAUCAGCAGUCAUCAAGGAGUGUCGGAAUGAAUUUUCAUGAGAAUGCCAGCUUCCCCUCAUCUGUAUCUGCUGAGCCCUCCCUUCAGUGCAAACUGGAACAGAAACAGGACAAGAAGAAGAAGAGGAAGAAAUCAACAAGAGGAUCAGAGACUUUGACAGCAGGCUCUUUCCAGUGUAGUUUUCUUCCUGUGGGAGAAACCCUCAGAACUGACCAACCACAAGGACAUAACACAGAGCAAGAUGAUUUGGGUGAUGGACAAGAGUGUGGACAAACUUUUAAAAACAAGUCUGACUGUAAAGAUCACAAAGCUGUUCAUAAAAGACCAGAGUCGUAUUGCUGUUCUGAGUGUGGCAAACGAUUCGUUCAUAAGAGCUGGCUUCAGGCACAUGUAAGAAUUCAUACUGGAGAAAAGCCAUAUUGCUGCUCUGAAUGUGGACAGAGAUUUACCGCAAGCAGCAGCCUUCGCGUGCACACUCAGAUUCACACUGGAGAUAAGCCAUAUAGCUGUGCUGAAUGUGGAAAAAGAUUCAUUAAAAGUAGUGAUCUACUGAGGCACACGCGAAUUCACACCGGAGAGAAGCCAUAUUGCUGUCCUGAAUGUGGCAAAAGAUUCAUCAAAAGUAGCAAUCUUCAGAGACACGCAAUAAUUCACACUGGAGAAAAGCCAUAUUGCUGUUUGGAAUGUGGCAAGCAAUUUUCUAACAGUUCCAGUCUCCAAACACAUAAAAGAAUCCACACCGGAGAAAAGCCAUAUGGCUGUGCUGAGUGUGGAAAAUGUUUUGCCCACAGUAGCAAUCUUGUAGGGCACAUGCGAGUUCAUGCUCGGGAGAAGCCAUAUUGCUGUUCCGAAUGUGGGAACAGAUUCUCCCAUAAGCACAGUUUUCAGAGUCACAUUCAAAUGCACACUAUUCUGGAUUUGUGAACGUGGCAGAUGAUGUUCCUGAAGAAAAACCUUAUUGCCGCUCUAAAUGUUGUAAAGGAUUCUCACUUUUAAAUAAUUUCUAUGGACACUUAAGAAUCUACAGUGGAGAGGACCUUUAUUGUUAUAGGGAAUGUAGUAAACGAUUCUCAAACUGCAGUAGACUUCAUAGCCAUUAAAGAAUUCACACUGGUAAAACA